AUGCCCAGCGCUUUGCAGCAAUCCGCGAAGCCUGAGCUCCUCGAGGAGGUGCGGCACCUGGCCGUCGUGCCGACCGAAGCCGGUCUCGUGGCCUUGGCAGAGCAAGAGGCCAGUGGCAGCAAGGUUUACGACAUCCCCGAUGAUUUGGCUGGUCUGGAAGCAGUCUUGGGACAAGGGCAGAGGCUUGAUCCACGCCUGGGGCACAUCGCCCAGCCAAAGGUCAAGCAGCUCCUUUCAAGGCUUGGUGUCGAGCGCGUCGAUGGCUUGGCGUUUUUUGAGAACGUGCUGCUACCAGUCCUGGCACGAGGAGAAGCACCAGAUGCGGAGCAACUGCUUGCGGUUACACGGAGAUUCAAGCAACUCGUCGCCAUCUGCGAAGAUGAAGGAUUGAAGGAGAUGAUGGCGGAUCGUGUCAGGGAGACCGGAUGGUGGGUGGCCAUGGUCUCGUCGACUUCAGAGUCACAGAUGGUGAAGGUUGGCGGAGAGUCCGGAAAAGGACUUCACUUGACAUGCCUUUCUGAGUCCUUGGCAUCGGCGUUACGAUUGGCCGAUGGAGCCAGCGAGAUGGAGUGGCUGACUCCGUCGCAGCAGUACUUUGAGUCGGGGGAGGCGGCAAACAGCGAAGAAAGACAGAAGUGGGAGGACUUCUGGACUUUUCUCGGAGCCGCCCCUGCCUUCCACGUGGAGAUCGAGAAAGAUGUUGCGAGUGCAGAACUGGAGAGGCUUCUUCAGAUUGCCGGCAAGGAUGCGAAGCUGGCAGAGGAAGUCGUGAUGCUCCUCGCGCCGCAUGGCGAGUUCUACAAAGACUUUCUGUGGAUUCCAGGAUCCCAGGGAGCGGAGGGAGACAGGCGGCCAUCUUCUCUGGGGCGCAUGCUCUGCACCUCUCCGUGGUUGCCAACGCAUAACGGAGCUUCGAUGCCGCUACACAUGGCCUGGCUGUGCGAUUCACCAAAUCCAGCCGAGAAGCGCUUUGCUUUUCUGCCUUGCGUCUCUGCACUGGCGGAGGCAUGGUCGAGCUUGGGCAUUGAGCAGAGCCCAUCCGCUGAGACCAUCAUCAGCAUCUUGCGCAGCCUCUUACUCUGCCGACAGGGAGAUGAACUCAGAACUUCUGAAAUGAUGACUAUCUAUGACAAGAUACAGGACAAGCCCACAAAACGUCCAGCUCUUUCUGUUUCGGCUUUCAUUGGUCAGGACGCCGAUCUCGACGCCUUCCUCAAUGAAGAACCAUGGGUGUUUAUUCCCAACCAUCCGAAGCCCCAUGGAGGCUUCCAGAGUUGGCAUGACCGAAGAGCUCAAAGGCCACACCCGGGAGAUUUCUACAGAGUGAACCAGUUGGUGCUUCAGGACCCAGCAGAAUGCCUGGAUGGUUUCAGCAAGAAUGCAGAAGAUGCUGCAAUCGACCUGAUGCGUGAGCGCUUGGACAAGCGGGUAGUGGCGAAUUACUAUUUUGGUAAACAGACCCUUUUUCCGACUACCUGGCCGAGCAGCAGAAUUCCAACGAAUCGGUUCCUUGACUUUCUGGGAACUCGCGGCGUGCAGGACCAGCUACGCAUUGAAGAUUAUCUCGCGGUCCUGGAAGCUGUGGACGGGCAGAUUUCUUUGAUCAUGUCCAAGACAGCGGAGCCCAAGAUCAGCUUGGAAAGCAUCCCCGGCCUUAUGAGGCAGAUUUUGGGCAGGGUUCACCGUUUGGUGGAGUUUGAGAUGCAGGAAUCUCGGGACCGACAGGAGGAGGACGAGGAGGAGCAGGAGGGCGAGUCCCCGAAACCGCCUAGCACUAUCACGUCCAAUAUUUUGGCAAAAUUUCGCCAAGAGGCAUCGGACCUCCGCUUUCUCAUGGCUGCAGAUGGGUCUUGGCAGCCGAUGAAGCACUUUGUGUAUGUUGCUGACGAGAGGAAGACAGCGGAAUUCUCAGGCUGGUCGGACGGGACACUUCAGUAUGUGGCGAUUGUCCCCGGAAGAGGGAGUGACAGCGCACGACGCAUCAUCACACUGCUGAAGCGAUGUGGAAUCCGCCCCUCAGAAGAAAAGGAAGAGACGCUGAGAAGGUGUGCAACAAUCGUUCCCUGUGAGGAAGUGUUGCAAGAACAGCGAAGAACACUGGCAAGUCAGAUCCUCUCAAAAGCUAUUCACACCGCCGAGUCGGCCAUAAAGGUCAAGGAGAAUGUCACAGACGCCACUGGAAUCUUCGACCGCAUUCGAGACCUGGUUGGCAGGUUGCGAGUCGAGCCGGCGAGUGAGAUGUCAGUUUACCAGGCGAUUGCGCUCGACAUUCGCGAGAUCCGGACGCGUGGCAGGAAGGCGCCUAGCGCAGGCGAACUGUCAACACAGUUUGCAGAGUUCAAGCCGCAAACGGGUGCAGCCUUUCCGAUCGCCAGGACCAAGCAGCUCGGGAAUACACCGCUUGCAUUCACCGGCGAAGCUCCUGCAGGCAGUGAAGAUGAGGAGAAGCAGAUCGUGUUCACCUUUCAGGGUGGUGUCGUGAAAGCGCUUCAGCAAGGAUUGCAAAGCCUCUCCCGAGCUUUGGUUCUGGUCGCCGCGCAGGGCUCACGUGGAGAUCUGCACAAAGGCGGUGGGCACAAAGGCAGGCGUGGCCUCUCUGAGCUUGAGAAUGGCAUCGCCAACUUGCUGGCGAUGGCCAUCGGGGCGGCAGCUGAGGCUGCGGAACAAGGUCAAGACGAGCCCUCCGAAAGCUUCUCAAAGCCGGUGUCCGAGAGCAUGGAAGCAGAAGGCCUCAGCAACCCCGAGGACACUGCAUCAACGGGACGAUUGCUUACGAAGCUCUUGGAGCAGUUCAAGGAUGUGGAGAAUGCCGACAUGUGGGAGGCGCUGGCACAAGCAUCUGAUGAAGCAGAUCAGGAAGGAAGCGGAGUUGAGAUGGACUUGUCCACGGCUGACUUGCUGGAGAAUGCGUACGAAGCGCUCCAUUUCAGGCAGAUGAGACGUGCGAAGAAGACGCAGGGUGGCUCCUCGUCAUCACAGGAAGUUCCCGGUAAGUCUGCGCGAAGAAAUCAGGAAUUGGGCGAGUUGCCCCCGAGCUUGGACGAGCUGUUGCCUCCGAUGUUGCCUUAUGAUACGCAGAGCAGCGGCAGCAACACCAACAUCCCUUUCGAUGCAGCAGCUGGCGAAGGCCGCUCAGAGCAACGAGAUCGGCCCCAGGAUGCAAACGAUGGGCGCAAACGGGAAGUCUCGGCGGAGGUGGGGCCGGCAAAACAAGUCGACAGGCUUCGAGACGGCGAGGACCGCCCCAGCAGGAGAGAAAGAGGACUGAGCUACCCACGAGGCUAUUCGCUGAAGAGAAUCGCUCUGGACUUGGACGCGCCGCCUCUCGAGACCGGCACUUUUGGAGACACCGACGUUCUUCCAGAAGACCUGCAAGAAGUGCUUGCCAAAGCUCCGACGCCUUCGUCCGACUCUGGUGCCGGUAUCUCGCAGGGGCUGGAGUGGGUGGGGAAGGUCGGGGAGCAAUUGGCGGCCCGCUCUUUGGAGCAGCAGGGCUUCGAGGUUUGCUGGGUCAAUGAGAAUGGUGAGCUCGGGCUCCCCUUCGACCUCAUCCUAAGUCAGGGGGGAAGCCUUCCUGCGCUCCGCAGCGAUCUUCCAUCGGUGCAGGGCGAAUUGGCGGCUGAACUUCUGGAUGCGGCACUGCAUGGAAAAGGAGAUCCGGACGUGUGUUUCGUGGAGGUGAAAUCGACCACAUCAGGUGACCGAGAAGUCUUCGAGAUCUCCCGUGCAGAGGUCACUGCAUUGUCUACCCUAGGACCGCGCUACUGGCUCGCCCGCGUGUUCGGCGUGCCGGACGCGAAUCCGCAGUCUCAGAUGGCUGCACAGAAUACGAAGGUGCGCCUUUGGAAGGAUCCAAACAAGGCCCUGCAGAGUGGGGAGAUGAAGUUGCUGCUGCUGACUUGA